GCUGAAGGCACAAGCCGUUCUGCGAGCCACUAAUCUGUGACGAUCUUAUGGCAAUGUGUGCUUUGAAAUUUUUUCAGACACUUUGAAAGUGCCGGGAGUUACUGAACAUCUCGGGAUUUGUGGCACCUAGCUGCCCGCAAAAUGGCUUGUGGGCAGGGAUCUAUGCAAGCAAACCCGGAUUUUCUAUUUCAUCCUGUACGCACCAUAAACGUUACGGCUGGAGGCGAAUCUGUCUGUGCUGAUUCCGUGAACCUGGUCGCAGCGUCGUCGAGGUUUGGACUGAUCUUUGCAGCAUUUGAUCAGGGUGUGAAGAUCUGCACCCUUGAAGAUAUUCUAAACUGCGAUGCGGAGGAGGGGCCAGACAGCAAAGGACCAGCUGACAAUUGCCCCUUUCGUGUGCUGCCGACGACAGGGCCUGUCCUUUUGGUGGCACUUAGUGCAGAUGACACUACGCUAGCGGUUGGAUUGUUGCGGGAUGGCAUUCCUGUUGCCGACAUGUAUGAUGUUCGAGGCUUUGCUGGCCAGGCGCUGGAGACAAGACCUAUCGCAACGGUACGGCUCAGUGCACAGCCGGGCGUGAUCCUGCAGGACUUUGCAUGGAACCCAGCGGUGUGUGAAAUGUUUGCUGUCUGCCUCGGUAGUGGCUCAGUUUCCAUCUAUGAGCUUUCUGGAGAAUCUCUAAAAAUUCUCGGCACACUUCCACCCUCUACAGGAGGCACCGCUUUGUGCUGGAGCCCCAAAGGAAAGCAGCUCGUGGUGGGCAAGAAGGAUGGCAGCCUGACCCAGUAUAAGCCAAACAUGCAAGAGGCCAAGAACAUUCCACCUCCUAUGGUCUCUGAGAACAGCGUCUUAGUUCUAAGCGUGUGUUGGUUGGCCCCUACUGUCUUUGCUGUUGUUUAUGGUCCGGCAACCCGCACAACAGAUUCCCAGGCAAACCUUGUGAUUGUUGCAUUCACGAAAACAUCUCCAGUUGUCUACACUGAUUUUGGAGAACCAUGCCUGCAGACGGGGGAGCACCCAAAGGAACGCUUUUGGCUUUACCAUCAGCCAGAUUGGGGCAUCCUCAUGUGCAUGUCCAGAAACUCUAUUGAAACUGCAGUUUUUGGCUGCAAAUCUGCUGACAAGAUGCAGUGGGAAAUGUGGGAGUUGGACAGCCACGGGAGAGCUGAGGUGCCUCUGAAGAAUAAGGAUGAGACAUUUCCACUGGGAAUGGCAGUCUCGUACAACGCCCAGCGCAACAUCAUUGGCAAGACUGAGUCGUGGGCCCCAAUGCCUAUUCUCCUGGUGCUGUCAACUUGCGGAGGCCUCUCCUCAUUCCACAUGAAGAACUUGGCUGCUGAAGCACCUUCUCUCGUGCGACCCCCUGAGCCUCUUCUGCCAAGUGGCCAGCGCAGGCCUAUGGCCAACCCUCCGCAGCCACCAAUGCAACAGGCACCGCAACUGGUGUCGCCGACCACAUCAACUGGCUUCUUGCCUGUUGGUCAUGCUGCUGCCUCUCCAGCAACAGCUUCAGCUUCACCUGGCAGUCGUAUCAGGAAACCAUCAGUGGGAUCUAGUGCUGCUCCUCAGCUUCCAACCACAGGAGCUGCAGGUUUCCCUCCUUUCACCAGCCAGCCUUUCUCUACUGGUACUUCAUUUGUGCCUGUAGCGACAUCUACAGCAGUUGCUGCUGCCUCUGGCAACGCUGCUGCGCCUCCAUCGCUGUUCUCAUCAGGACAAGCCUCAUCUGCGACAGCUUUUUCAUUUGGCUCAAGUGGUGGAAGCGUCUUUUCAUUUGGUGCCAGUGGAGGUGGGAACGCUUUCUCCUUUGCUCAAGCUGCUGCACCCACAGUGUCAAAGUCCACACCAUCUUUGGCUACAUCCACAACUCCAAGCCAAGGACUAUUUUCCAUGUCUGUGCCCUCGUUUUCAAGUGCAGCGACGAUUGCUACGCCACCAGCCUUGGUCUCCAUGCCGUCAGCAGCAUUUUCAGUACCAAGUCCAGCUCGUAUCACUACACCAGUUGCUACCCCCUUUAGUGUUCCUAGCACAUCCAGCUCAUCAGGCUUCCUUUUCAAGCCAGCACCAAAAGCCGAUACAGAAGCUACGGUCUCCCCAGUUUCCUCUGCUCCAGUGCCAAUAGCUGCUCAACCUGUGUCAACAGUCGCACAGACUACUUCAGCACAGGAAGCAAAAGCUCCUUCAUUGCAUCUGAAGACCUCUGCUCCUACAGCAGUAGCAGCUGCUGAAAAGCCUUACAAAUUGGAGCCAUCUAAGGAUGCUAUCAUUGCAGCCAUGCAUGAUGAGAUAAAAGAGUUUGGAAAGGAAGUGAAGGCUUUGAAAGAAAAAUCGCUGAGCACAGUCAUUGAGUCUGCUGGCAGUGAUUCCAGCUUGAUGGAAAUGAAGAAGCUAGGCAUCACCUUGGAGAGCACUGCCGAGUGUUUGAAGAGUGACAUGGAGAAGACUCAUGCAGAUGUGCAUGCCCUACGGAGCCUCGUGUUUGAGACCUUUUCACUGAUGGAAGAGGCUCGUACAAGGUGCUUGCGAAACCGUGACCCUCAGUUUGAGGGACUUCUUCAUGAUCGAGGCCUGGACCCUGUCUCAGCCAGCCGAUUGUCGGAGGCGCGGCGCCUGCAACACUAUGUUGAGGAACAGCUGCAGGAAGUACAUGCACGCCUUGAUCUAGAUUGGAAGGAGCAGAUUGCCCAGCGCUACAACAUGCAAGGUACAGCUGAGCUUUCAUCAGCUGAGGCUAUCUAUCGAGCCUUGCGCGACUGCCGCAACACUGCUGAUCUGCUCUGCAAAACUGUGAACUCAUUGGAAACACGAGCAAAAAAGUUGCGGGUCAACAGCAAGCAGAUCAAGUUGUCACCAAGGCCUUAUUGGAAUGAUACCAGUGACAUGGUCAGGGAAGAGGAAAUAGCUGCAUUGGCAGACUGCCUUUUGUCAACCAGCCUUUCACUCCCUUCUGGCAAGGCUGAUGGGAUGAAACACACUAAGCCACGCAGGGUUUCCCUCAGUGCUGAGAAGAAGUCCGCUCUGGCUGAUUAUUUUGGUCACAGAGAGGUGACGAUGAUAGAGCCUCGAGUGAUUGACAAGCAGUCAGAGUCAAGGCUGCUUUCCAAGUUAGCAUUGGUUCUGGAAGAGUCUUUUGCAAAGGAUCAAGCACACAAAGCGCAGGCUAAGCAGCAGGCAGCCCAGCCUUCCAUAACAAAGCCAGCUGAAGGUCAGCAGCACGGGUCAAUCUUGACAUCAACUCCUCCAAGGUCUAACAUGCCAUCAGACACUAAGGAUGGCAUCUUGACACCAAGACCAUUUGGACUGUCUGAAGGGGGUUCACUGUCAUUUCUUACGUCAACACCUCUCACGCGCCCAGAAGCAGCAGCAUCAAGUGGUGGUUCAUCUGGUGCUCCAUCGGCGCGGUCCAUGCCCACAGAGCCACCUCGAUUGCCUCUGACAAAGGUGAUCGAGGUAUCAGUACAAGGCAGCAACAGUGGUCCAGACCAGAAGGGCUCGGCAGCACUUCCCACCGUGCUUCCUAGUGAGCUCACUAUUAGCCCACUGACCAUGGCACCACCAGAAAUAUCAUCCGCAGCUGUUACGAAUGUGGUGACAAAGCCACUCCCAACCCGCUCAGAGGCCAUUGUCACCUCCAAGGAGACUGGUUCACCAUCUCCUUUCACGGCACCUAUGACGCAGCCCGAGUUCAAGUUCAAGUAUGCCGGGCAAGGUUCCUCAGGUGCGACAACACUUGCUUCAGCAUUCUCUCUUGGGCCUACUAGCGCCACACCUGUCAGCUCCGGUGCUCCAGCCCAGGCUCCCAUCUUCAGCUGUGCCAAGCCCAGUGUGACAGCAUCAGCAGCAUCAACUGGCUUCAAGUUUGGUGACCCACCUGCAUCCAAGCCUGGUUUUGUGGCUGUCAAGCCAUCUAUGGGGCCAUCUUUCGUGCCUCUUUCGCAGGCAUCUUCACUGCAAUCUGGAGCUGUCAUUGAGAGGAAAGCGGAUGCUUCAAGCGUUGCAAAAGGAGAUGCAGAGCCACUUUAUGAAGAUGUGACACCUCCAAGGUCCCCCACACCAGAACAAGAAAGCAAAGCAGCUGUUUCUACCACAAAGGACAUUCCCAUCUCCACUGCGGUGUCCUCAUUCCCAGCUGCAGUGCCAGCACCAGUGCCAGCAGCAACACCAGUGCCAGCAGCAACACCGGCGCCAGCACAAGCACAACCCUUUCCCUUCAUGAAAAGCGCAACUGCAGCGUCCCCAUUCUCGGGCUUUGGUGCAACCAGCUCUGGACCCCUUUUCAAGCAAGGCUUUGACCAGCAGAGCACAACACCCGGGAGGUCACUGUUUGGCAAUGUGUCAUCAGUGUCAUCUGCUGCAGCAGCCUUCAACUUUACCCUGUCAUCUACCAAGGACAAGCCUGCCAGCACACCUCCAACUGGCAGUGUCUUUGCGCCACUUCAAGCCAAGGCUCCUGGCUCUGAGGACAUGCGCUCCCCAUCUGGUGCCGCACUACCUUCUAAAGACAAUUCCCUCAGGGAUGCCGCAAAGCCUCAACUGUCAUUUCUUCCAUUUGGGCCAUCUAUUCUAAAGCAGUCCGCAGCCAGCAGCACUGCAGUCUCUGGGACACAGGUGACUGUCUCCACGUCACCAUUCCAGCCAGUCUCGUCUGUAGCAAGUCAGCCAGAAAGUCUCAACCUCACAGCUGCUGCUACAUAUCCUGCUCAUGCACCGGAAGCGCAGCCACUUCUUCCAAAGGCAGCCUCCAGUGAAUCAAGUCAGACACAUGCUGUUUCCACGACAGCUGCUGCUUCUGUGCCAGAAUCGCCAAGCAUUGCAUCUCCUGCUCCACUUGUGUCUCCUUCCAGCCAGGCAUCAUCACUGCCAGGCACAGUGCAAAGUGUGCACGCUGUUGCUGCAGCAGCUCAGGUUGUUCCUACAACACAAAGCCCACCGCAAUCCCCACCUGUAGCUACUGAGCCAGGAGCAGCAGCGCCUAUGACUAGUGGAGCUGUGCUUGGCCAAGGGUCUUCAUCAGUGCUCACAGUGGCACCUAUGGCAAAAACAACUGGCACCACAGUUUUCGUCCAACCAGCAAUGUCUACAGCUCCAACAUCAUUCAUAAGUCCAGUUUUCGGCAGCCAGGCCUCUACAACUUCAAGCCAGUCUGCCUUGCAGACGGGAACAACUGCAAUUACCGCUCCUGCAUUUGGUCAGGCUCCCACAACAACCACAGCAUCUUCACCUGCCCCUGCGCCACAUGCUUUUAGCAUGCCACAGGUGACAGUGGCAUCAUCGACUGCUCCUCUGUCUUUUGCAGCACAGCAAACCGCUGUCACUACCACAUCAGUGCCAUUAACAUUUGGCCAGGCAGCUGCAACCACAACAGCAGCAGUGUCAGCGCCAUCAUUGUUUGGACAGUCAACUGGUGGUGCUGCUGGUGGUGCAAACGUGUCAAUAUUUGGUGCCACGAUGACGUCAGCUACAUCUGCAACUAGCACACCGUCGAUGUUUGGUGGAACAACAUUCACCUCCUCUACAACAACAGCUACUACUGCACCAUUCUGGAAGCCAGUGGCAUCUGCUGCUCCCAUGUUUCCACAAUCUGCUGCUACAGGGCAAUCAGUCUUUGGACAGGCACCGACAACAGCAGCCUCUCCUUUUGGCCAACAAGUGGGUGCACCACCAACUUUUGGCCAAACAGGGGGAUUUGGCUUUGGCCAGACAGGAGCUGCAUCAACUGCUGCAAGUACUUCUCCAUUUGGCCAAAUGGUCCCAACAACUGCUGCUGGAGGCACAAGCACCUCUUUGUUUGGGCAGAAGUCUUCCUUCAGCUCAGGUUCUGGACAGGCACCAUCCCUCUUUGGUCAGAGCCUCUUUGGCCAGUCCAGCACUCCCACAUUUGGCCAGCCACAGGCUGCGAGUGCCUUUGGCCAGCAGUCGCAAGAACAACAGCAAGGAAGUGCCGCCACUCUGUUUGGCGGAGGUGGAUCUGGUUUUCUCUCAGGCCUUGGAGGAAAGCCAGCCCCAGAUGCGUCAAACAAGAACGUGUUUGGUGGCUCAUCAUCCUUCAAUUCUGCUGGGCAGACCACAAAUCUCUUUGGCAACCAGGGAGCAACCUCCUUUAAGUCUGCCUUUGGAAGCACUGUGGGCAGUGGCGCCUUCUCUGGAAGUGGCAGUUUUAGCAUGGGCGGUGGCAGUGUGGCACAAUCUGGCUUUGGAGCUUUCCAGCAACAGCAGCAGCAACAACAACAGCAGCAGCAGCAGCAACCGCAGACACCCCCCAAGCCAGCCUUUGGAGGCCCAGCAGCAUUUGGGGGCAGCCCCACUUUUGGUGGACCUCCCCAGUUUGGUGGAUCGCCUACAUUUGGUAGCAGCCCAUCAUUUGGUGCUGCAGCCACAUUCGGCACUGCUGCUCCCCAGCAGGCUCCUCAGACACAGCAGUCAAGUUUCAUGAUGUUCAGCAAUGUAGAAGGCCCAACUUUCGGAGGCUUAGCUGCACAGACCAGCCCUCAGCAGCCAGCAGUGGGCUUUGGAGGAGGAUUUGGCUCCCCAGGCUUUGGAGGUUCUUCUCCUGGCUUUGGAAAUCAGAGUGGCCAACCCUCCUACCGCCAGUGAAGCCAACUGUUCCUACUUGUUCCAUGUCGUGUCACAGCAACCUCUCAACACCCUUCGCCGUAUGCUUGUCGAUUUGCGCUUCAGGAGCAAGAAGCAGAGACACUAUGUACAGACUACUUCUAACAAUAAA